UUUUAAGUAUUUAUAUUCGUCAAUUAUCAAUUUCAAAACGAAACCAGGCUUGAAGGACUCUCUCCAAGGCCCUAAAUAAAAAUUAAAUAUCAUAAAAAAUGGCUGAAAUGUUGUCUAACUGUCAAAAUCAGUGAAAUCUCUUUUAUUUUCGCAAUGACCUGUAAUUCUUUCAGUGAACUCUGUUGCCUGUUUUGUUGUCCGCCAUGCCCAGGGAAAAUCGCGGCUAAGUUAGCAUUCCUGCCUCCUGAACCCACGUAUGCAUUCACACCCGAUGAGACUGGAUCCAAAUUCUCGUUAACUCUUACUGAGCGUGCGGAAUGGCAAUAUUCAGAACGUGAAAAAGAAAAUAUCGAAGGGUUUUAUUCGAGAACUUCAAGAGGCAAUAGAAUAGCUUGUCUCUUUGUUCGAUGUAGCCCUAAUGCUCGGUUCACAAUAUUGUUCUCGCAUGGAAACGCUGUAGAUCUGGGACAGAUGAGUAGCUUUUAUUUAGGUUUAGGUACUAGAAUAAAUUGUAACAUAUUCAGUUAUGACUAUUCUGGUUAUGGUGUGAGUGGUGGAAAGCCCUCCGAAAAAAAUUUGUAUGCUGAUAUUGAUGCUGCAUGGCAGGCUCUACGGACUCGAUAUGGAAUCAGCCCAGAGAAUAUAAUACUGUACGGGCAAAGUAUUGGUACAGUGCCUACAGUAGACCUUGCAGCCCGUUAUGAAGUUGGGGCAGUUGUCCUUCAUUCACCUCUGAUGUCUGGCAUGCGUGUAGCCUUCCCUAAUACUAAGAGGACUUGGUUUUUUGAUGCAUUUCCAAGUAUUGAUAAAAUCCCCAAAGUGACCUCGCCGGUUCUUGUUAUUCAUGGAACUGAAGAUGAGGUGAUAGACUUCUCUCAUGGACUCGCCAUAUAUGAACGAUGCCCACGCGCCGUAGAGCCAUUAUGGGUAGAGGGUGCUGGACAUAAUGACGUGGAGCUCUUUAACCAAUACUUAGAAAGACUGAAACGUUUCGUCUCAGUCGAAUUGCUCAACUGACAAAGACUGCCGGCCACGGGCCAGACGACUCAAGGAGAAGAUCAAAACCCUGCAUCCACACUCAGUUCCGGAACCUCGAGUUCGGCGACAGAGAGACUCCUCUAGCUAGCGGGGGCCGGGCCCUGUCGGGCCGGCCCCGAAAAGAAUGUUAUCAGUCUGGAUGGUUCCGCG